UUCACUUUCUAGGUUUUCAUCUUUUCAACCCCGAGAGGUCAGUGGUGGCAGGCACGACCGCAAUAGACAACAACAACAAAGAACAAAGAAGCAAUCAGGUGACCGGCAGCAAACCCCUUGCCGCACUCGUGCUUUCGACAGCAUCAGCGUUCCGAUCUGAUAGCAACCCUCUCUCUGUUGGUUCGAGUAUACCGUUUUAGCUGAUGAACGUCUGAGGCUUGACAAAGCUGAAUCAGAACCACCGACUAAUUCAACAAGUUCUCUAUAGAAGUGGUAUACCAAUAUACAUCAAUAGAAGAGACACCAGAACAGAAACGCACACUACCCAAGGAAGAUAGAACACCCCGACCAACAAGACAAGAAAGAUGGCGUUAUCUCGCGCAAGACCUGUGAACUAGCUCGCUACAUUACCUAUUUGUCAAAAUGAAGAGAGGCCGUCAGCUUCCCGUCAACUUCCUCCCUCCUCGGCUGUCCCUGUUACAUGUACUAUUCUUCAGUGUCAUUCUCAUCAUUCAUACCCCCGUGAGGACCAAGGCCCAAGCAGCUCUGACGACCCAACGAUGUUCCAUCUACUUGGCUGCUUCGGAUGUAAACCGCGAUGACAGUCUGAAUAAGGAACCGGAAUAUACUCGCUUUGUGUCAGUCCUUACGGGCUCGAGUUAUGCUACCUACGCCGCCAUGCCAGCAACGUAUCAGGCACUCUACGACAAGUAUGCAGCAACAUCCCCCACUGGCCAAAUCUCUGUGGUCGGAGCCAGACCAGGAGUCACGGCCACACCCGAACAAUCUGCUGCCUUGACGACUCUUUGUACCGAAAUGAUUGCCACUGUCAAUGCCAAUACACCCUCGCCGGCUCCUGUCAUUACGACACCUCCAGGCACUACCACAGGUGGUACUACCACUCCUGCCGUACCCGUCGCCAUACCCUUUCCCACCUGUCGCAUCAGCAUGGCCGUGUCAGAUCUCAAUCGAGAUAACCGAUUGUCGCAAACGGAAUACAUUACCUUUCUCAAUCGACUAUCGGGAAACCGACUCGGCUUUACCACCUUUGCCGCUCUGCCAGCCGCUCUACAAACGGUAUACACGCGUCUCACCGGUGGGACCACCGAAAUACCCAUUGAUGGAGCCAGUCCAGCUAGUUUCGCGUCCGCCACCAGUGUCCAGAAGGCACAUUUGGAAACCAUUUGUCAAGAAGUGCAAGUCGCCAUGGCGGGCGAGGAAGGAGAAACGAUAUCUCCCGCCGAAACAGCGGCUCCAGGAGUCACAACUCCCGCUCCAGCACCUGGAGCCUUGACGUUUCCACAAUGUCGGAUUAGCAUGGCCAUUGCCGAUACCAGUCGAGAUGGACAAAUGGACACUACUGAAUACGUUAGUUUUCUCAAUCGAUUGACCCGCAAUGCCUUUCUCAAUGUCCCUUUUACCAGUUUGCCCCCCGCACUCCAAACCAAUUUCAAUACACUGGCUGCUCCCACGACCACAAUCGAUAUUGCUGGAGCACAACCGGCACAAUUCAAUACGGCCACCGAUGCUCAAAAGGCAACACUGCAAAAAAUUUGUGACGAUACCCAAGUCAUUACCGCCAGUGCCGUGGCCGUCACGCUGGCACCCGUCACCACCACCCCCCUUGUCACGACGGCGCCUGGUACCGUGACACUCAUUCCGUUCUUGGCAUGUCGUGCACGAAUGGCCGUGGCCGAUACCAACAAGGACACGUUGCUCUCGCAAGAAGAAUUUAGUAGUUUUGCCAAUCGAUUGGUACCCACCGUGUCCUAUCCCAGCUUUGCCAGUUUGCCACCGGCCGUACAAUCCACCUACACUGCUCUGGCCACGACAGGAGGACAAGUCAAUAUCUUUGGAUCCAUUCCGUCGCAACAAACCGAUGCCGCACAGUUGGGAUUCUUGGAAAAGGUCUGUACCGACACACAGGUGGCUCUGUCGGGAGGGGCACCGGCCACGGUUGUGCCAUCCACGGUGUUCCCUGUCGUGACGGUGCCACCAUUGACGACUCCGCCAUUGACCAUUCCGCCAUUGACGCCAGUACCAGCACCCGCGACGAUACCGCCCGUGCCCAUCGUCAAUGUUCCAACCUAUCAACCUGUGGCGAUCAUCCCCUGUGGGGGUUUCUUGCGAGAAUCCGAUGUACAGCCCAGAGACGGUCGUAUGUCGCAGAGUGAAUACAUUAUUUUUAUUGCUGGAUUGACGGGACGGUAUGACUGGAUAGGCGCCACGGGAACCACCACGGACACCUACAAUAGUUUGCCGCAGAAUUUGAAAAUCAAUUUUGCGAGAUUCUCCGUAGAUGGUCAAGGCGAAUAUUGGGACAUUUCAGGGGCCAAUCCCGACCCGGCCAAUCCGGCAUCACAGAGUCAAUCGACCCUCUUGUCCGAAGCUUGCACCGGCACAGUGGAUGCUAUCAAUGCGGCUGUUAUCGAAGCCGCUACGCCGCCACCCACCAUCCCGCCCAAAGUGUACACUCCAUUGGGGAUUUGCAAGAGCCACGCUGAUUUGGCGGAUGUGGACAAAGAUUCACAACUGACGGAGGCGGAAUAUGUCACCUUUGUCGAUCACAUGGCACCCAGCCCGGUUGGGCCCAAUGGGUUGCCGGCUACGACCUUUGCAGCCUUGCCGAUCGAAGUGCAAAAUGCGUACUUGGCAUUGGCACAACAGACCCCCAACACGGCCACCAUUGGCAUUGCGGGGGCGGCCACGCCGGCCACUCCCGCACUGGAUGCCCUCAUGCUGCAAGUGUGUGCAACGACUGAUGAUGCCAUUUACCAGGCACUGUACGGGAACACUAUUGCACCGAAUCUCCUGCCAACACCGAUGCCAACACCACGACCAACAGUGGCGCUGCCCGAUUGCAAGGAUGACAUGGCGGUGGUGGAUCUCUCUGGUGACUUUUUCUUGUUGCACAAUGAAUACGUAGCCUUCUUGAAUCGGAUUGGCAACAACGCCUUUGCCGGUGUGCUCUACGAUCAGUUGCACCCCGUUUUGCAAGUCAACUUUGUCAAGUUGGCCGCUGUCGAUAAUCCCAGCCCAAAUUUCCCCGACCGAGUCCAUAGUGCCGAUGCAAUUGACAUCUUGGGAGCCAAGCCAUUACAGAAUCUUGUUGUAACCGAGGAGCAGCUUCAAUUUCUGCAGAUUAUAUGUUUGAAUACCACCUAUGCAAUCCAAGAUGCCCUGCGGCCACCAACGUUGGCGCCUACGCUCCAUCCUACGAUAUCACCGAAACCAAGUAUAGCCCCUGAUCCUACGGCAGCCCCAACUGCCUUUGAUGGAAUCGUCGAGAUUUACUCUUCGUUUAUCAUCUACAACAGGGUUGGCAUCUUGGCAGAAACCUUGGACAUUCCAAACGACAAAUUCCGCAGACAGCUGGAUUUAGUUUAUGCCGUCUUUUGCGAAAACGUGGUCAUCGAAAACCCGUGGACACCGACUGUGGUGCCUGGCAGGAGAGGACUACGUGGCAAUCGCCCAGGAGAUGAAGAAGAAGACGGGUAUCACAACGAGCGUCGUGAGCUGAUCGAGUAUUCAAAGGCAGAGAUUUUGGAUGUGGAGUUUCGGGACUGCCCCCCACAAUUCGACGAAAACCUCCGCAAAGAAGAUUGCCAAACGGCCUACGGAAGAUAUAGCGUGACUGCCGUAGACAGCAUCUAUCGGUUCGAAGUGGAAGCAUUCUACACUGCCCUUACACAAACCUUGAUCCAGAGCGGGGGACUGCAAGCAGAAAUGACGGCUCAAGGUGGCGAAACUAUCAUGAUAUUUGGCGCUACCCCAGAGCUGAUAGUAUGGACGGAACCACCCACAGCGGCGCCGACUUUCCCGCCCGACCCGGAAUUAGGCUUUGGGCGCUCCGGAGGCUCAGUCCUGUUUUUUUCUAUGGUCGGUCUCUUGGCCUUAAUUGCACUGGGUGUUUACUUUGCAUGGAACGACAAAGAUAAGAUAAAAGCAAAAUGGAGAGAAUGGAAGAAGAAGCGAAAGGAGAAUAAGAAAGACGAAAAUCAAGCUGGAAGUCAAGGGGAGCUUGAUGGAGAGGAGGAACUUCAAGUGGACGAGGAUGGCAACAUCAUUUAUCCGGAAGGAUAUGAAGGAUACGAAGGCUACGAAGAGGAAGAGGAAUUCGAUGACGAAUUUGACAAUGAGGGACUCGAAGAAACGGGAAAGAAAAAGGGAAAGAAGGGCACCAAGAAGCUGCUCGGUACUCUGAAAGGAGUCAAAAACAUUGGUAAACACAUUGGGCUCACAGACAAUGAAGUCGAGGACGAUGAUAUCGAAAUCAUGCAAGAUGAGAACGUGCUGGACUUUGACGAUUAUAUCUUUGAUACCCCUGCGGAACUCAUGACCGAGCAAAAUGGUCCCGGAAACAAGUUCGGAGAAGAAGGUGCCGGGAAGGACGCUAUUCGGGGAAGCACCAAAGCUCGCCCUGCACUGGGGACCAGUUUUGUCACUGGCUCUAAUGGAGAGGGUUCUGUGGCAUCAAGUACCUCAUCGAUGGAGGGCUUUGACGAGUUCGAUGAUGACUUUGAUGAUGAAUACGACUCAGACGAGGAUUCAGAAGACGAGGAGGACGAGGAGGACUCGUUCGGGCUUGAUUUCUCGGACUCCGAAGGAGCAGACGACGAGGACACGAUUUCCUCUAAAGGAGAGGACUUUGGAAACGAGGAAAAGAACGACGAUGACUCCUUGUCUUCGUCAGAUGAGCAUGCGAAUGGAGAAGCUUUGAUGGGUGGUGGCAACGUGGAAGGCAUGUUAGCCGCGGCCCGAGCAAAUCAGGGCGAAGGUGGCGAUGGGGAAGAGGAAAAGGACGGAGAUGAUGAUGACGACGACGACGAUGGCUCGGGUUCGGAUGGUUCGAGCUAUGGCUCAGACUCGACAACGUCUUCGUUAGAAGAGCUCCGAAAAGAAGUCAAGGAAUUAGUGACUAAGGUAGUGCCAGAGGAGCUCGACAACCUGUCUACGAUGAUGGAUCAGUUCGAAGGGCGCGAGGCCGAGUUGAUCAACACCCUACAAAACAUGGAAGAACGAAACAGCACCCAACGUGCCCGUGCCGCUGUACACAAGACCAAGGUGAAAGCGAAUCCAAACCAGGUUGGUGGAUAUUCCAUUGCUUCAGAGGGCUCAGCAGUUAUUGCGGCUGCCAGCACACUUGGGCCUGAGCCACAGCGCCGACAGCCCCGUGUUCAACAAUACGAUGAUUACGAUGACUACGGAGACGAAGGGUCCUACUACAGCGACGAGUACUCGGACGAUUACUCCGGCGAGUACUCGGACGAAUAUGGAGAUGAGUAUGGAGACGAAGAAGAGUAUUUCGAUGAUGAGUAUGGAGACGAGGAAGGUACAUACUACGAUGACGAGUAUGGAGACGAGGAAGGCACAUACUACGAUGACGAGUAUGGAGACGAGGAAGGCACAUACUACUCUGGGGAGGAAGGCGAAGGCAGCUAUGAUGACGACGAGGAAGGAACCUACUACUCAGGAGAGGAGGGUGAAGAAGGAGAAGAAGGGUCCUACUACUCUGGGGAGGAAGAAGGCAGCCAUUUUGACGACGAGGAAGGCACAUACUACUCUGGGGAGGAAGGAGAGGAAGGAGAAGAAGGGUCCUACUACUCUGGAGAGGAAGAGGAAGAAGGCAGCUAUUAUGAUGACGAGGAAGGUUAUGAUGACGAGGAAGGCUCAUACUACUCCGGGGAGGAAGGAGAAGAAGAAGGCUCCUAUUACUCUGAUGAGGGCUCGUACAGCGACGAGGACGAUGGCGGCGGACCGUGAAUCUCCUAGUUGGCCGAAGGGCAUCGACUGGCAAGGUGUUGUGAUGUCGUCGUCAUCAUCAAAGUGUUGGGAUCAUCAUAUGUUGUUGGGGAUGGCGUCGACGCGCAAUCGCAGGGAUUGCGCUCUGUGCUCAAGCUUGGGCUCGUGGAUCACGAUUCUCAGUUUGAGUUGAACUAGAGGUUGAUCCAAAUCAUCUAUCGAGCAACAAUAAAUUGUUCGCGGCAGGAUCCAAAUGGCAAAGCCACCGGGUGGGCUUGCUUGGGCUCAGCAAUCUCCCCGCUCGUCUUAGUCUGGGUUGUUCCCAUUCAAUGGCCACGCAUCCGCAGGAUCGCCACUAUCUGUUUGCGAGGGUGGGUUUCCAGAGACCCACUUUUCGGCACAUGAAGGAGGGCACAAAAGCCAUCCCCAACGCUGCUUGAGUCCGAGGAGCAAUUGCCACCUUUGGAUACGGUGCUCCUCAGCAAUGCUAAUCGUUGCAACGAAACAAAUAGAACAAUCAGUUUAUUUAGCAGCAAGUUACAGACGUUUUCAACCUAAUCGCCAGCGCAGCGCAAUUGAAUGUUGUGGUAGAAUGGAUGUCGUGCUAGAGGGACGGGAGUAGCGGUGCCGGUGCAUGCUUCGGUACCGUUUCGCCCCUUGGAUACAUUCACGCAUGCUUGGGCUCCUUGGGGUAGUUGCAGAUGCUAAACUACUAGCUAAUCAGAAGGAAGCUUUUUGUGUAUGUAUGUAUUUACG